AGAUUUUUUUUAUUUUGUUAGAAAAGAUUAUCGUCGCAACACGUGUCUAGAACCGACCCCUCUUAUUAUUUCGACUCGCAAAACUCCCUCCAAAAGCAUCCUCACUCCACCCGCCAAUAGCCCAACCGGUUCGCCCAAAACCCUAAAUCCCCAAAUCCCCUCCAUGGCCUCCACCUCCGCUCGGACUCAUGGCCCCGCGGCUCGGAUCCGAACCUCCGCCACCACUUUCUACUCCGACAACCAGUCCCUCCUCGGCGAUAUCCGAAAAUCAUUCAAUGUUUUGAGAGAUGUUGCUGUUGAUAUGGAGAAAGCUAAUCAGUUUGACAAGGUGAAGGAGCUUGAAAAUGCUGCUGUCGAAUUGUUGGCUACUUGUGAUCAUUGUAUGCAUCUUUCCUCAGCAAUGCAAUCUGUUGGAGAUAACUAUGAACCUCCCCAAGAGCCCAGUCAACUUACUGAUUUUGAGAAGUUGCUCAAGAAUGAGGUUGCAAAGCAAAAGGCUAAAUCAUCUUCAACUACUGUGAACCAGUCUAUGCUUCGUCAAUUUCGAGAAGCCGUCUGGAAUGUUCAUCAUGCAGGACAGCCAAUGCCAGGUGACGACCAGGAGGACAUUGUAAUGACAAGUAAUGAUGGCAAUAUUCGGAAUACCACGUGCCCUCUUAGUGGGAAGCAUGUCACUGAGUUGGAAAAUCCAGUUCGCAGUGUUGACUGCAAGCAUAUAUAUCAAAGAAAGGAGAUUAUGCAUUACUUGCAGAUAAAGAGAGGACACGAACAUUGCCCUAUUGCUGGUUGUCCUAGGAUGUUGCAGGCGGACAAAUUGGUUUCUGAUCCGUUGCUAGCAAUUGAAAUUCAAGAAUUGCGUGAUAUGAUGAAGAACCAGACCGGAGAUACUAAUGCGAUAGAGGAUUUCACCAUGCUUGAUGAAGACUGCUAACUAUUCAAGGAUUUGAAACGUUGAAGACUAAUUUUCUAUGUUGAUGUGCCUUCCCUAAACUGAUUUUUGUAUAGUCUCCGGUUUAGGAGUUGCCGGCAGUUCGGUAUAUGCACAAACCUACUUAAUAAACUUCCUUGGAUUCCUCUCUAGUGUUUGGCAUGGUACAACUUCCAAUUUGUGUAUUUCUUGGAUGAA